GAGUGCAUCCCAUCUAGACAUUUGCACAUUAUGACUUAGAGCUAUUGGCAACAGUGCACCUGCGAUAUAACCCAAAACAAUCGUUAAAACUUGACGACUUGAAGUGAGGUGUGUCAUCGCUUUCAAAAAUGCACGCAUCUAACUUGGUUUCAUGUGAAGACUUCGCAGCGUUCAUCAAUAGACAGAGAUUAUUAGUUGAUCAACUUUUAAUCGUCGAAAAUAAUCGUAAGACACGUGUUACACAUGAAACGGACGAUAUUGAAAAGGACGAACGCGAGGGAAGUUUAACUUUGAGAGACGAUAAGCAGAAGAGAGAGACUAAAAAAUUUCGCGGCAAGGAGAGCAUCUUUAAACGUCCUGAGGGCCCUGCACCACGCGCGAAUUUUAGAAAUAUUCCGGACUAUCACAGGAAUCCACACAAAUGGGUCAAGUAUAGUUUGGAUGAUGUAUCCAGCGAAGACAUGACAGAACGCAGCAAUAUGCAAGCUGCCAUGUCAUUUCUGAAAGAACUAAAGGCACGCAAGGAAAAGGAAGAGGUUGAUCAAUGCGAAGAGAAGAUGGAUAUUGAACCUGAAUCAGAUUUGCAGGAUUCUGUGAAGUUUAAAUCUAAGAAACGUACAUCAACAUCGCAACUAAAGUUUAGAAAACCUCAGACAAAAGAUACGGCAGAAGACUCUAAAAAUGUUAAAGACAGUAAACUAGUAUUCAAAAGUAGUAAGAUUAUCUUGCCAGAGUAUGUGGUUGGACAGAGACCGAAGAAAAUAUCUAAACAGAAUAGACCUGUAGUUAAAGUUGAUCGUUCAAAAGAACUUAGAUUAGAUCAUUUACAUGAACCAGAUGAGGAAGAAGAUAACAAAGAUGUAUAGUGUGUAAAACUAUUGUAUAUAUUACAGAUAUAUGUAAGGAUUAAUCAUAGAUAUACUUUUUAGUUGAAAUAUCAAAAUGCACAACUAUUAUAAUCUUUAGAAG